AUGGGAGGGCUGGGCAAAACCACUCUGGUGAGUUCAGUUUAUAAUGAUUCACGAGUAAAGAAUCAUUUUCAUCAAAUCCAAGCUUGGGUCACUGUUUCACAAUCGUUCAAGCUAGAUGAAGUUCUGAGACAAACUAUCCAGCAAUUUUUCAAAGCUGUGAAGGUGCUACUUCCUGAUGAAGUUGAGAAGUCCACAGACCCGCACUUCCUAAAGACAACCAUUGUUGAUUUUCUUAGUGACAAAAUAUAUUUGGUUGUAUUGGAUGACAUAUGGGAUGUGAAUGCAUGGGAAGCAGUGAAAGUUGCAUUUCGGAACAACAACAAUGGUAGCCGAGUAAUGAUCACAACUCGUAUUGCAGAUGUGGCCUCUACCUCUACCAAAGAUGUUGAAGGUCAGAUCUUAACCUUAAAUCCUUUAUCUUCUGAAGAUUCUUGGACUCUAUUUUGUGCAAAAGCCUUUCAAGGUAAGGCAUGUCCUCUUUAUUUGGAGAAAAUUUCAAGAGACAUCCUGAAAAGAUGUGAGGGAUUGCCUCUUGCCAUUGUUGCAAUAGGAAGCAUGUUGGCCACAAAGGACAUCAAUAGGAUUGAUGAAUGGGAGAUUGUUCACCGUUCUCUGCGGGCUGAAUUACAAGGCAAUACAAAACUGAAAGGCAUGCAAGCCAUACUUUCACUUAGUUUCAAUGAUUUGCCUUACCACUUGAAGCAUUGCUUCAUGUAUCUAAGUUUAUUCCCUGAGGAUUAUUCGAUUAAACUCAAUGUCUUGAUUCGAUUGUGGAUUGCUGAAGGUUUCAUAGAAGGAAUUGAAGGAAGAACAUUAGAAGAAGUGGCAAAUGGUUGUUUCAACGAACUUCUUAACAGAAGCUUGGUCCAAGUGAAUAUAAGAUAUAAUGAUAGAAGAAUCAGAAGUUGUCGAGUGCACGAUAUUUUAAGGGAAACUAUGCUUCUAAAAUCGAAAGAUCAAGGCUUUGCAGCAAUAACUAAUAAAGAGAACAGUAAAAGGCUUCCAGAAAGAGUUCGACGCCUAUCUGUGCAUGAAGGAACAAAUAUAGAUGCAUCUGGGGACAACUAA